AUGCCACGACGAUAUGGCCGGACGCGCCGCCCUCCGCCCAAGAACAUGGGCAAAACAUUCCUCGGCGGUUUACCCAUCGUACUUGUCACAUACCUCUACUUCAGGUACUUUCCGACGCCAGGGGGGGAGGACAUCGGGUCAAGCUUUCUCGCCGUCGAGUUUAUCAUCUGGGCGAUUCUCAUCGCGUUCGACGAACCCGCUUUUGUCAUCUAUUUCAUUCCCAGCCUGAUUGGCGCCGUCAUCUUCGCCGCACUGUCGCAUGCGGAUGUCGAUACCAGGGUGCAGUUCAUCAUAUGCAUUUCGCUGGCUCCGGCGAUGAUCUUGGCGUUCGCGUUCGCGGCCGUCUUGUAUGGCGUGAUGGCUUACUUCAUCUUGGGGUUUGCGUGGUCGCUCGGGUGCCACUUUGUGCUUCGACCGAUACGCAACUUUCCGAGUAUCGUGUACCGUCUUUCUGGGGGGAGAUAUGUGACUCGGUGGCCUAGGUUCCGGAGCAAGCAUCGGUUUAGGGACGUCAGACUUUGCGAGCGGUGCAAAGAGGUUGUCGGUCAGUCUGGCCUUUUGUCUGGGACAUGGGCCAUGUUUACGAGAGCAGAGGAGCGUCACCUGCUGUGCGACAGGAUCCAGGAGAUGGAGGAUAGCGGGUGUAGUCUCUGUGAGGCUUUGUUGAGUCAGCGAUUGGCAGAUGAGGAGGAAACGGGGGCACCUAUACUCAUCAGGGGUUACGGUACCGUGAAUACUCGCUAUGGGGAACGUGAUCUCGAAGCGGGAGGUGUCAAGCUGAAGCUUGAGUUUGUCAGGAACCCCCUUUGGUCAGAACAAGGGCCGACCCUGGCCGUCUCCCUCGAGGCGGGUGGCGCCAAGAAGGAGCUGGGUCUACAAGUGUCAGAGGGGCUCUUAACGGCCGAGCAGAAAAUCCCCAGGUUCACCGGCUCAGAUGCUACGGUCAAGACCAUCACAACCUGGCUGAAGGACUGUUCCAGCCAUAAAGCCUGCCAGCUCCCCCACAACACCCCUCCAUUCCGACCAACCCGCCUCAUCGCCGUCGGCACGGUCAAGAACCCCAAACUCCGCCUCAUCGACACCAAAUCCGACAUGGACUUCCUGAUCGACCUCAAGGACGGCGCAGGCGAAUACGUCGCCCUCUCCCACUGCUGGGGCGGCAACAUCGCCUGCAAGCUCACCACCUCCCGGCACAGGUUCAUGAAGAACUACAUCACCGAGGACACCCUCCCCCUCAACUUCCGCCACGCCAUCGCCACCACCCGCCGGCUAGGCAUCUGCUACCUCUGGAUCGACUCCCUCUGCAUCAUACAAGACUCCCCCGCCGACUGGGCGGCCGAGUCCCCCACCAUGGGCCAAGUCUUCACCCACGCCCACUGCGUCCUCGCCGCGACAGCAUCGUCCGAUUCGACCGGCGGCUGCUUCCGAGACCGAUCGCUCUCGUGGGUCGAGCAGAACAUCAUGACCUCCGAAGAAAGGAGGUGUUUUGUCUCCAACCCGCCGCCGCUGAGAGCGCUCUUUUACUGGAGGGUGGAGCAAUCGCCGCUCACCAACCGCGCGUGGGCUUUCCAGGAGAGGUUGCUGGCGAGGAGGGUGAUACACUUUUGCGAGGAUGUGGUGCUGUUUGAGUGCAACACUCUCCAGGCGUCCGAACUACACGUGAACGGGGUGGGGUAUGACAGCACGCCGUACAUGGUGCAGGAUGGGAGGUUGGUCAACUGGAUCGAGGCGAUUCGGUCGUUGACGGGGCAGCACAACAUCAAUGGGGAGGGGCAUACUCCCCAGGAGAGGAGAGCGGUGAGAGGGAUAAGAGGGGCGUUGGAUGUGCUGCAGAGGUUGGGGCCGGUGGAGACGCAGAGGUUCGGGGAGAAGGUCGAGUUUUGGAAGAGGUGGUAUGAGAUUGUGAGUGUUUAUAGCAAGGGGCAGCUGACGAGGCAGACAGAUCGAUUGGUCGCGUUGGCGGGAGUGGCAGAGCUGGUGCAGCAAAGAGGAAAGGUGGGUUAUCUGGCUGGGUUGUGGGACUCGGAGCUGUUGGCUCUAGGGCUGUUGUGGGUUGUGAAGGAGGUAGAGGAGAGGCAGGAGAUGUAUUGUGCGCCGUCUUGGUCUUGGGCGUCGGUCAGUGGUAGGAUUGGGUUUCUGCCGAGGGGGAUCUUGGAUAAGAUCAACUCCAAAGAGCAUGACCUUGUCUUUUGCACAGACGUGGAAAAUGUGGAGGUGUGGCGGAAUGGGAAGCUUGUGUCGGAGGCAAGGAGUUUGGUGGAUAAUGGGACCCUGACCGUCAGUGGACCGGUUGCUAGGGGAAGUCUGGCGGACGGAGAAGGAAUUCGGCUGACUGGCACGAGUACUAAAAGUGCCACGGUGUUGAAAUGGGUUCCCGAUUGGAAGUUGGAGGACAUGGAAAAGGGUCUACAAGAAGUCUUCGUGAUUCAUUUGGUCAAAGUAUUCUUUGAAGACGAGGUACGGAGCUAUGGGCUGGUAAUCAGGGGUAAGGACGAUGUUGGCACAAAUAUAUUUGAGCGAAUCGGUGUGUGGUCCGCCGACUCAGACAUGGCGAUGGAAAACAUUGCUUGGGAGCGACAAAGAGUCGUUCUGGCGUAG